CUGGCUCCUGCCCACAGUUGAGUUCGGCCUCCGCCUCCUCCUCAGCCGAGCCCCAGGCCAGGCCGAGCCGGUCCCCCCUGCCUCCUUUCCUCCCUCGCUGCGAUUCCCUCCCCUUCUCGGCGGGGCGCGCGAGCGGAACAUGCGGCGCAAGCUGCCCCGCGGCUAGGCCGGCGAGUGAGGCCGGGAAGAGGGGCCGGCAGGGGAGGGAGAGGGGCCGGCAGGCAGAGGGGGGGGCGCCGCCGCCGCUUCUCCCCGCCCGUCUCGGCUCCCCCCCUCCCCCAAGCCUCCUCCCCAGGGAGGCAAUGACAGCGGCUCCGGGACCCUCCCCGCAGCAGAUCAGGGACCGGCUGCUGCAGGCCAUCGACCCCCACAGCAACAUACAUAACAUGGUGGCAGUACUGGAAGUGAUCUCCAGCUUGGAGAAAUACCCCAUUACCAAAGAAGCCCUUGAGGAAACGAGACUGGGCAAGCUGAUCAAUGAUGUGCGGAAGAAAACGAAGAAUGAGGAGCUGGCCAAGCGUGCAAAAAAACUGCUGCGGAAUUGGCAGAAGCUGAUCGAGCCCGUAACACCAAAUGAGGCUGCCUCAAGGGGGUUGUCAAACCCACCUGGAUCGGCAAAUGGUGGCGCUCAUAACUGCCGCAUGGAAACUCCCCCUGUGGUUGUGGUUGGAUCAAAGCCCGUUCACGAUGUGAAGAACAGGAAUGAUGUCCAAAAAUUGAACUCUCCGAAAUCAGAGAGGCCAGGGAGCCGGAAGCGGAGAGGUGAACCCCAUGAUGGCCACCAGGGCCCUCCUCCAUCUAAAGCUUCUAAAGCCAGCUAUGAAGUAUUGCAGAACUCUUCCCCGCCCCCAACCAAUGGGAUUGGGGGGAGCCCAGAGAGUUUCCCCAGCCCUCCGGAGGUGACCACACUGCCCGUGCCAGAAGGGAGCCGAGUGGAGCUGGGUGAAAAUGACAAGCCCAGUAAGAUUCCGGUCAAUGCAGUCAGGCCCCACACCAGCUCCCCAGGGCUCUUCAAACCUACGGGAACUUCGUUGUUGCUCAAGACGGCAGUGUUGCUGCAGCAGCAUGAGAAAGCGGAGGAGGCUGCCAGCCAACCCCGGAGCCCGCGUUGCUCCUCGUUCAGUCCAAGGAGUGUUAGGCUGGAAACAUUUUCUCGGCAGCAUACCACAUGCUCUCUAAAGGGCUCCGUGCCCAUUCCGUCUCCAAGGCCUCCCCUCCUGGAAGCUGCAGCAGCAGUACCCUUAUCACCACCUCUUUCUCUGACACAGCCGUCAACGCCACCAGCCUUGGCCAGAAGACUGGAGGCAUCUCAGCAGGUGGGCCCAGAGCCACCACUGCAUUCCCAGGAGCAGCAGGCAGCACCUGAGAGUCAACAUUGGCUCGCAGCAGGAGUAUCCCCUGAUGGUGGGAGUGGCCUGCACCUUUCUGAUUCCUUGGCUGGCUUCUCGCCAGACACCUCAAAGGUGGACAGCGACAGUGCUGCAUCAGGGUCUGACAGCAAAAAGAAGAAAAAAUACCGCCCCAAAGACUACGUGGUCAACUUGGAUGGGCAGGCACUAGAAGCAGGUGUCAAGCCUGUCCGGUUAAAAAAAGAGAGGCGACUCACCUUCGACCCCAAGACGGGCGAGAUUAAACCUUUAACGCAGAGGGACUCUCUGCAGGCGGACCUCCCUGCUUUUGCUCAGCAGCACAGGACAGACACAGACAGGCAGGAGCAAACCCUGCCCCUGCUGCAGAGUCCCUUUGAACAAACUAAUUGGAAAGAAUUGUCCAGGAAUGAAAUCAUUCAGUCCUAUUUGGAUAGGCAGAGUACCUUGCUAUCCUCUUCAGGAGUGCAAACUCCAGGGGCCCCUUACUUCAUGUCUCAAUAUUUAAAGCAAGAGGAAAGCACUAGGAGGGAAGCCAGAAAGACCCACGUUCUGGCUCCAGUCAGCAGCAAACCCACAAACUUGCCUGGGGUGACACGAGAGGUUAUGAGGGAAGACCUCGAGAGAAUAUCUGACCACCAUUGGCCAGGUGUGAAUGGUUGCUAUGAUACACAGGGUAACUGGUAUGAUUGGACGCAGUGCAUAUCGCUAGACCCACACGGGGAUGACGGGCGCCUGAACAUCCUGCCUUAUGUCUGCAUAGACUGAGUACAGUUUUGCUAAGAUGCUUUUUUACACUGGCAGAUAGUAAAAUGGGCAGGUGCUACACCACCCCCCAUCCCCGCCCCGCCCCCGUCACGCUGAAACAGGCUCACCAAGCAGAGGGUAUGUACAAGAACUGGAUACUGGCAGUUCCUCUGUUUUGUGAGGAGCUGCUACCAGUUUACUAACACAAAUUGCAAAGGAAGGCAUAAUGAAGAUUGGUUUAAAAACACACAGAGUUUGUAGAGCUCCAAACUCUCUAGCAAGCCAGCCCUUAAAAAGUGUUAGUCCCCACAAAGUGAGAGGUGUUUCCAGCACUUUGAAUUCCAGAAUCUGAGGACAGGCAGGUACAGGCGGGCAUUGUGG